GGCAGCGCCUGCGCGUGCCCGCUGCCGCGCGACGCGGCCCUGCUCAAGCCGGACGCGGUGGCCCAUCCGCUGGUGCGCGAGCGCCGCCUCUUCCCGCAGGCCGUGCACGACGCCAUCCUCCGUCACCGGUUCCUCAUCGUCCGCGCCAAGGAGCUGCGGUGCGGCGCAGAGCAGAGCCGCCGCUUCUACCGGGAGCACGCAGGGCGUUUCUUCUACCAGCGGCUGGUGGAGUUCAUGGCCAGUGGCCCCAUGUGGGCUUACAUCCUGGCCCAUGAGGACGCUGUCCCUCUCUGGAGAUCCCUGAUGGGACCCACUAAAGUGUUCCGAGCCCGACACAGUGACCCAGACUCCAUCCGAGGUGCCUACGGCCUUACGGACACCAGGAACACGACCCAUGGCUCAGACUCACCUGCCUCAGCCAGCAGAGAAAUUGCCUUUUUCUUCCCCGAGUUCGACGAGCAGCGCUGGUACGAGCAGGAUGAGCCGCGGCUGCGGCGGGGGCAGCUGUUCUACAGCGCCCAGGAGCGCGUGCACCGCGUGCUCGGGGCACAGCCAGCACAGGUACCCGGGCAGGGCGUGCCUGGCUGGCCUGGCAGCCCCUGUGGGCACUCUCCUGGGCAGCAGACACAGAGCUGUGCUGCGUUUCAGGGAGUGUGGGAGAGGGAAAGCAGCGUUGUGCUGCCUGGGAUCAGAUUAUUGGUGUAACAGGCGGAUGCUGGGCUGCUGUAGGAAGAGUUCCCCCUGCAGUGCUCAUGCUGACAGUCUGGCCAUGCAGCUCACUGGCUCCCUGAGUUUGUUUGGGUGUGAACAGGACAGGUGAGUUGGUCAAGGGCCAAGUGAAGGAUGGGUUGCUUGUUCCAGAUGGGAUUGGCCUGGGUUUGCUGAUGGGAAGCCUCAGAUUCUCCCAGCUGGCUGUUCCCACAGUGCCUUAGGGAGAAAAGAAGAAGAAUGUGAAGAAAGACAUCAGCAGGGCAAGAUGAACUGUCCUGUCCUUGCUCACCUGCAACUGGGCUGGGAGAUGAGGAGCUUUGCCAAUAGCUCUGCAUGUGAGAGCACUUGGAGCCCUCAGUGUCCACAGCCUGCCUGUGUGCCGGGGCAGUUCUGUGUCCUUGGGAAAUGGGAUGAACAAGGCCAUUGAAUUACCCAGAUACGUGGUGGAACAAUGACAGGGUGGUGCAGGAGGGCUCCGUUGGGAGGUACAGAGCCAGGUCCUGGUGGCUGAUUUGUGUUUCUCUCUGUGAUGCCAUGUGAGAUGUGUUCCUGGACGGGGUUUCAGUCCAUUUAUGCUGUCUCCCUAUGGGCUCCUUGCAGUGCUGCCAUUUUAAUUACAGUGCCCUGUUGGAAUUUCCUUUGGGCAGUCCCAAAUGCUCGGGCUGGGGAAGGUGUGCUGUGCUUGGGGCAGGAAAGCUGAGCCGAGGUUCAGCAGAGCCCUGGUACAUCACAGAGCCAAGGCAGGGACUCUCCAGGUGCUUCCAGAACCCCGUGAGAUGUUGGGUAGUGACUGACUGACUGACUCUCUGCUGGAAAGCACUGCCCGUGUUUGUGUUCCCUCUUCCUCCUGUCUGGGAUCAAUUGGUCAUUGUUCUGUUCCAGGUACAGAUCCAGGGAUCUGCAGGACAUCACUGCUGUCCCUGUCCUCAGCAGUGUCCAGAGUGGAUCUGCUCAGGAUCCUGUGUGUCUUCACACAGCUCUGAGAGCUGCUGUCCCCAGUGCUGUUGAUGUUUUAUUGAUAUUUUGUCAGAUGUUUUAUUGAUUCCUGGAGGUUUUGCUCAGAUCUUUGUGUUUUUAACUAUUAAACUUUACUAUUUUUCA